AUGGGCAAGAUUACCAAGCCUAUGCAACAAAAGCACAAGGAUACCUUGUCUCCUUGGCUGAAAUCUUACGUUGAAACCGCCUCGACAGUACCCCUACCCCACUUACCCCAAGAGCUUGCCAGCUUUCCCUCGAGAUGGCCCUUCGGACGUGGAGAUCUAUACCACUGGAUACCCCUUCUCAACCGAUUUGAUAGCAUCCUCGAACAUGUUUGCGCCACAUACAAAUUGAACGAGGGUCCUCAGACUCGUGACUUUGGGUGUGAUGUGCUGCUCAACCAGGACAAGGAAUCUACUUUUGGCAGUGAGAAACAAUGGUCUGCGAAGGAGUUGACAGAUCUGGGCUUCUCGUCAGAUGGAGACAGGCAACUCGUGGAGGCAGUGCUGCGAUUCACCCGUAUGCUGCUGGAGCAUUGUGGCAACAGAAGUAUUUAUGCCAGCAGCGCUCACCUGAGCGACCUUUUAAACACCACAUCUCUGAGUGUUCUUAUUGUCACUUUGGAAGUUGGUUCGGAACUGGCUCAGCGCUACCAAGCCUCGAUCAAACGCAUAGCACAACCUUCAAGGCAGAUCAGCGCAGCGUUGCUAGCUAACCACUAUAAUAUUGACCUCGACAGAGUCCAGCAGCUUGCCCUGCCCUUUGUCAAGACUCCGAUCAUCAGCUUAUCGGACUCAGUACCAUCAAACACGCCUGGAACAUCCAAAGGUAAAGAUCGUGCGCAAGGAGGGAAUCACAAGACAGCCAACUCUAUGCAUGCAAACGAUCUAGUUGCUCUUGCGGCUUCCGAUGACAAACGCUGGACUGGCUGGGGCGAUGUCAAGGUGGUUUAUUACCCCCAGAAUGACCAGAAUGACCAGAAUGCCCAGCAAGAGUCUGCUGGUGGCGAAGGUGGUCGUGCAUCGGUACCAUCCACGCCAACGCCGCUUCGCCGCAGUUCCACAAUGACAACUCAACACCAGACCCCGAAAAGUCGAAGCAACUUGGACGACUCGUCUCCGCUUGGACCUCGGACACCUGGUACCUUGGACGAAUCAGCCUCUGCUGGAUCAAAAGUUUUUGAACUACCUCAGUCCGUUGUCUCCUCAGCCCCCAUUUACCGGUUGAUGUCAUCUGCCCCCACGGACCUUCCACCAGCUUCAAAGUAUGAAGUUUUCCACAAGAUCAGAGUCUCUAAAGCUCUUAUGGGCUCCAGCGAGUCACGCCAACAGCUGUUGGCUGUCCGUCUCCUGGCUAUCAACAAUCUCGCAUACAUUCACCCUGAAGCAACCUUCGUGGAAAAGGUACUUCGUCAAGACUCGGAUGAAACCCGCAGAUUUCAGCUCGUUUAUCAGCUGGCUGAGCUAAUCCACCCUACUGCUCACGGAAACGUUGACGUUCCGUUGUGGCUUCAAGCUGUGGCUCUUGCGUUACUCGAAGCGAUCUCAAACUUCCCAGCCAGGUGCCAGGAUGUAUUAUCUGCCCUGAACGCAAACGUCAACCAUGGUAUCUUGCUUUAUGUCAUCAGAAAAGCAGUUGCUGGAAUGAAGGAGGACGACGACAGCGACAAGGGUAACCAAGUGACAGAAAUAGAUGAGUGGCGCAACAACCUCUUCUCCCUGACCCUUCACCUUGCCAUGUCUACCAGAGUGGGAAGCGAGAUGGUCUCUGCAGGCCUUAUGGAUAUCUUGAUUGAGAUUUUGAACAUUAGAUCAGCCGUUGCACAGCGAAAUCAUUCCAUGGUUCUUGCAUUCUUGGAUGGCUUGAUCUGGAGUUACCAGAACGCUUUCACAGCCUUCUUCACUGCCAAGGGUCUCGAUGCAGUAUCUCAGCUGGUUGUGGAUGCUGUUCAGGAAGCGCAGACUUUACACCAAGCAGGGCAGGGUAUUCCAAAAGGUCAACAGUCGGGACAAGUGGACUACGAAAUCCCCUACUACCAACAACAAACGCUCAAAUGGCUUCUCAAGUUCGUUCAUCACAUCAUGUCCAACUCGUACAGCUACGGCGGUAACUUCGACCGUUUACUCCGUAAUCUCGUUGAUAAGUCAGACUUCCUCGGGAAGCUGCGGGACAUCAUCGAAGACAAGCAGACCUUCGGAUCUGUUAUCUGGACGAACGCCGUCACUAUUCUUAGUGACUUUAUCAACAACGACCCUACGAACUUCCCGGCCAUUUCCGAAUCGGGGAUGAUCAAGACAUACUUGGAAGCCAUCACGAACAGGCCACUGCCAAGUGAAGUACUGGCGGAACAGAAACCAUCAGACCGAGAGGGAGACAACGAACCCGGUUCCCCAGUAACCACUAUGCACGAGCUUGCUGUAAAUGACACACGGCCACACCCCCCUACAGAGCAAGCACUUCGCGAAUCGCCUCGUGGUGGACCAUUGGCAGCGGGCAUCUUACCUUCGACAGAUGCUAUUGCGGUUGUGCCUCAGGUCCUUAGUGCCAUCUCCCUCAAUAAUGCUGGGAUGAACCUAGUAGCAGCCUCGCGGGCUUUUGAAGGCUUCUUGGAAAUUUUUGAAAGUCCUGCACACGUUCGAUGCAUGGAGCUUGAUGGAGAUCUUGCCAACAACGUCGGGUCUAGCUUCGACGAGCUUGCUCGCCAUCACCCGGCACUGCGAUCAGCCAUUGCUAACGCUGUCAUUGACAUGGUUGCCCGUGUGCGGUUCCUCGGAAUUGAAAAAGCGAGAGAGGAUGGCUGGGGUGCCCGUUUGCUACUGGUCGACGGCGGCAAGACUGUAUCUUUGGACGAGGAUGGUAAUGUGAAGCAGAAGACACAGACCCAGGAAGCUACCGGCGAUGCGGAUGUGAGCAUGCCUGACGCUGCCUCCGCCCCCGGCCAUGACUCUCGCAACGAGGAAAACGCAUCAAAUCAGUCAAUCACGCCUUACCUCUACGCCCUUGGAUACUUCUUGAGCUCCUACAUUUCAAAUCAAGGGCUCAAGAGCAGCUUUGUAGAAGCUGGUGGCCUGGAGCUACUGCUUGAUAUCUGUGAAUCACCAAGCCUGCCUACCACUUUUGGUGAUACCGUUGCCUCGAGGAUCCUCGGCCAGGUCGUCUGUCAACUUGUGGAAUCUUUCCCCAUCCGCGGUCUCCCUUCCCUUCUCAGAAGAGCCCAAUCGGCGAUUGACACACUGAAGCCUCUCUCCGAUAAGACAGAUGCUUUGCCUCCGUACUUCGCGCCUUUCCUCCUCGCCGACCUCGAAGGCCAAGAAGCUUCGGGAGCGAUCAAAAAUGGCACUAAGAUGAUCAAGGCACUGUUGAAUGCACAAACCUUCAUCAAGUUAAUUUCGGAUUGCUUUUCUACAACACGAUCCAAUACGCUAUCGUUAUAUCCUGUCAAUGUCUACGAUUACUACCUCAAGCUGGUGAAUUCGAUCGGGCCUCUCCUCCGCGGAGUCCUCACGGAGGAGGCAGGAGAACUCAACAUUGUCCCUCAGCACUGGUCUUUUAAGCGCCAAGCAUCUGAAGGCUCGCCUAUCGCAACUGGUGACCCUGAUAUGGGAGAUAGCGCUUUGUUGCCGGACAUGCUGAGCGGUACAGCCCCUGAGUUUCAACCCAAAUCUGAUGAGACCAAACCGAGUCGCCCUACAGAGGAAGAGCAGGCUUCCCCUCGCUACCAGAAUUGUGAAACGCUCCGGCAUCUGUUGCAUCCUAUGAUACCGACGACUUUUCCUCUGUUCCAGACGCUUGGAAAGUCCUUACUUCCUCGCCGGGAGCGGGAUCCUCGUGAUCUUUAUCAACGCCCACGACACUUGGAACUCGCAAAAGCCCUUGCGAAUGCUGUUCUGGAUCAGUUGAGGCCAUCGGUUGCUAUUGCCGAGCCCACUUCCAAGGACUUCCAUUUUUGGAUCAUCAUGCUGCAUACUAUCAGCGAAAUGGUGAUUGACCAACCCAACCCUCGUCCAAGUGAUCGCUCAGCUGUUCAAAUCAUUUUGCCUGUUCUCCUUGCAUUCAAAGAAGAGGGUGGAAUGGACGUUUUAAGUUCCAUGCUUAGGAUAUUUGCCGAAGCAGUUCGCAAGGGUCCUGAUGCUGCAACAGAUGAAGCCCCAAAGUCCAAGGUUGCCGCCUUCGGACUCAAGAAGGUCCUGGAAUUGGUAUUGGUAUUGGUUAAUGGCAAGUCACUUUCUGAUGCUCAAAACGCAUUCGGCCUCCAGCCACGCUCUGCAGACAGGUCUCCACAGAUGUACCAACAGCUUGUGGUAGAGUUUAGAGCUGCAGUUCUCCCUGGAAUCACUAGAUUGUGGGACUCGGAUUUUGUGGAAAAAGUACCACAUCAGACUGUGACACGCUUGAUUGACAUUCUCAAGCUUAUCGGUGCUGCCGAACAUGAAUCCGUCUCGUCAAGGGAUAAACCAGCCUUCCGCCUCUUCAAUUAUGCGGAUGUCCGAUUUGACUGGCGGCCUUGUCAAGUCACUAUUAACGGACUGCUUGCCAAAGGUUACGAUGCUGACCUUGUGCAUGAAGCAGUCUUCAGGGCUAAUGGCAAUGCAAGCUCUGCAGAGAUCUACUGUGCAGCCCAUCAAGCCGGGCUCGCGGGCGCACGCAACCCUAUUCCAGCACCGGACUCUGACACCUCUGUCUUGGAAGCCUCAGGCACCAAUGAAUCAGAGACAGCACACGCAGGCACCAGUGAAUCAGAGGCACACGCAGGCGCCAGUGAAUCAGAGACCGCAAAUGUGGAGACGGACCGCAUGUCCCUUGAUGUUCCAGAUCUUGCAGAUAGACUCCUCGGAGAGGCACUAGGUGAGGUAAUUGAUCAUCCACCUCAGAAUGCAGAUGGCAUUCGCGAGCCCCCGAGUGUGAGGACCGAGACACCAGCAACUGCGGUAGAUUCGCACAUUAAGGACAGUGAGCCCCCUGUUGCUACAAAGGAAGAUGUCGACAAGUAUAGGGCCGAACUGCGAGCGAACCUGAUCGAUAGGUGCCUUGAUGUUGUUCGUGCUCAUCCUGAAACAGCGAUCGAGGUGUCUGAGCUUAUUCGAACAAUGGUUCUGAAGCAGCAGUCUCCUAAUGACACUGACGACGAGAUCGGUCAGACCCUAACUUUGGCAUUGUCUUCAUUGGCUCAAAGCGAGGAAGAAGACAAGCUGCGCAAUGGGAAGUGUAUCGCGGCCUAUGCCCAUUUGCUAGCACUACUCCUACAGGAUGAGCGCUUCUUCGUCAACAGCAUAGAGAGUCUGGGGGAUCACAUUGACGAAUAUAUUGGCUUUUUGAAGGUUCCGCCUUCGAGUGAAGAGAUGCCACCUUGGAUCCCCUACAUUCUUCUCGUUAUCGAGACGCUGCUUCGCCAUGAUGAGCGUCCCAUUGCCGCUCAGUGGAAAGCACCGAAAUCGUUGCAAGAGGCCGUUUCAGAACCCAUUAUUGAAACGCAGGCUCCCAUCGUUGUUGAGCAGGAUCGAGCACACCUUUUGGAAUUUGUACUCGAAAUGCUUCCACGCAUAGGAAAGGAAGAAACCCUCGCCAUUGCAUCGCUCCGAAUCCUUGUCAUCUUGACACGCAGCCGACACUUUGCGAAGCUUGUUGGAGACAAAAAGAACCUGCAACGGUUGUUUCUUAUGGCAAAGCAACUGUCGGGCUCUGGUUCUGAAAGGUUCAAACAAAGCAAACUUACUGCGCACAUCAUGACUGUCCUACGCCAUAUUGUGGAAGACGAAGAGACCAUCAAGCAGAUCAUGCGUGCUGAGAUCAAGAUCGCCUUCCCUGCACUUCAAAGAACAACGCGUGGCCAUCCUGACGUUCAGGCCUAUUUGAGGACCAUGUCACCCAUUGCUCUUCGUGCUCCAGACCUAUUUGUUGAGGUUUCUCAUGAGAUGCUUCGCUUUACUAGAUGGGCGUCGCCUUCGAACGACAACUCCCGGACUCAAUCCCUUGAAUUGAAAGAGGAACCCACUGAAUCUGGUGCCGACAAAACCAAUGACGAUAUGCAGAAGGAAGCAGAACAAGACAUCAAACAGUCUACGGAGCCCGCAGACAAGGAGAUGGUGGAUGCACCGAAGCCACAUGAAAGCAAACGACCCGUCGUUGAAAACCCUGACGGUGUCAUUCACUUCCUUCUGUGCGAGCUACUCAACUAUCGCGAGGUCGACGACAAAGAAGUGCCAGUAGCCGAGAAGGACUCCAAUCCCGACCCUGUGUCUAGUUCAGAAGAUCCUUCUCUAUCUUCCAAGGACAACAAUGCAGCAGAUGCAAAAGACAAGAAACCAGCCAAACCCGUCUUCAAAUCCGAAGAGCACCCUAUAUUUAUCUAUCGUUGCUUUUUACUCAACUGCUUGGCUGAGCUUCUACAAAGCUACAACAGAACAAAGAUGGAAUUCAUCAAUUUCAAGCGAAAUGCCCCGCUGACCACAAGCACCCCAAUCAAGCCUCGGUCAUCAGUCCUCAACUAUCUGAUAUACGAUUUGCUUUGCCAAGGUAAUUUGAGCGGAACAUCUGAUAGUAUCGCUGGGAAGAAGAAGGCCGCAACUUCUGCGCAGACUCAAAAGGUCUUGGUCGCGCUUGUUUCUAAGACAAGUGAGAAGGCGAUCGAUCGUGGGAAAGAUAAGUUUGCCUAUGACGAUGAACCCGAUCUCCUCUUUGCACGCAAGUUUGUUCUUGACACUAUGCUGAAGGCCUAUGAAAGAGCACCUUUCUCUGAUGACCCUCUGGAAACACGAUACUCACGCAUGCAAUGCCUGGCUGAACUCAUGAGCCACAUGAUUGGCGAGAAAGACAGGGACCAGGGAGCUCCUGGGCGAGGUGCCGAUAACGUGCUCGCUCGGUCUCAUGCUCAGCUGAGACGACUGAUGUAUGAGAAGGGCUAUCUCGAAAAACUAACAUCUUCCGUUGCCGAGAUCAACCUAAACUAUCCCAAUGUCAAACGUGCAAUCAAGUAUAUCCUGCGCGUGCUGAGGGUUCUGACUGAGACGGCUAAAGAGCUCAGUCACUCAAAUAUAUUGUCCUCGGAUUCUUUGUCGGAUACUGCAGAAGAUGAUCUUGGUUCGACCUCUUCGCUCUCGGAUCUUGACGAUCGCGAAGAGACUCCAGAUCUGUAUCGUAACUCUGCCCUUGGAAUGCUUGAGCCUCGCGGCGAAGAUGACGAGUCUGAUGAUGACGAAGGGGAUGACGAUGACGAGGACAUGUAUGGGGACGAAUACGAUGAUGAGAUGGAAUACGGUGACGACGACAUUUCAGAUGAAGACGACAACAUCAGUGAUGAGGACGAAGAGCUCGGCGGCAUGGGCCCAAUCGAAGGGUUGCAUGGCGAUUCAGGUGUCGUUGAAGUUAUCAUGGACGAGGACGAUGAUGAUGACGACAGCGAUGAAGAAAUUGAUGAUGACGACGAAGUGGAAUCCGCAGAUAUGGAAGACGUCGAAGAUCAAGUGGAAAUCGUCGAUGAAGAUGGAAAUCCUCUUGAUGAUGAUGGGAACUCAGACUGGGAGAGCGCUAGCCACGACGACGAUGACGAGGACGAAGAUCAGGAGGAAGAUGAAAUGGAAUUCGAGGGACAUGUCCACCACGAACACAUGCCAGGCGACAUUCUCGAUGGUAUGGCUCGAGCCAUGAUGGGAGAAGGUGAAGUUUACGACCCCAACAUGAUGGAAGCACUGGAGGAUCACUAUCUCGACGAUGGUCACGACGAGGAUGAAGAUGAGGACGACGAGGAGCCGGAAGAUGACGAAUAUCUUUACGACGACGAAUAUCCUCUAGAUGACCAGCCUCAACCAAUCCCAGCUCUCGGUUGGGACGAUCUCGGAGGGGACGACGAGCGCCGACAAAUGUUCAUGCUGGAAAACCAGAAUCGUCGACGGUUGAUUGCUUCUCGAAGCGUUGAUCGCCACCUCCCCAACUUUAUGGUUGGCUCUCGGGAGAUGCAAGGGGAUUUCCGCAACUUCUUUGCACGCAACCACCAGAACAGACCCCAAAACAGUGCUGACGACGGCACCAACCCGCUUUUGAGACGGGGUGAUCCGAACCGAGAUGGCCCGCAACGCCCUGGGCCUCACCAAUCUUUCGGCUUGCGAGUUCCUGACGCCAUAUUCGGCCCAGGCGGACGCAACCCAGAUGGACCCAUGGGGUUCUUGAGCGAAAUAAUGGAAUUCUUACCUAUCAUGGGUAGGAACGGACAGCAUGCAUUCCAUCUACAAAUUACUGGUCCAGGUGGACAUCGGGAGUCUAGAGAAAUUGGUCCUCCUAUUCGAACUUCUCGUAUGGAUCAAAGACGUGAUUUCAACCAGGAUCCAAACCAGGCUGUUUCCUUUGUCAUCGAAGGCACAAUGGAUCGCUAUCAAGAAGAAGCCAGGAUGAUUUUUGGUGCUAACAACGUUGCAGAAGCAGCCAAGCUUCUAAACAUUGUUGUUGCCAGCCUUACACCUGCUGCGAUGGAAUUGGAAAGGAAACUGAAGGCUGAAGAGGCAGAACAGCAGAAGCGUGAGGAAGAGGAACGCAAGAAGCGCGAGGAGGAGGAACGCCUAGCACGUGAGGCAAGGGAGGCUGAGGAAAAGGCACAGAGAGAGAAACAGGAGGCCGAAGCCCGCGAAGCAGCCGAACGCGCGGCGUCCGAAGCCGCUGCUGUGAGCCAAGCUGCCCCUGCCGAGGUCCAAGGAGAUGGCGGCGCAAUGGAAGGUGUCGAAUCUACUGAACCAAGCCAUGCGGAUCGUUCUGAUCCUUCCACUCAAGGCGCUGGUGAUGGACCCCGAGUUACGACUAUCAUCAGAGGCGAAGAAGUUGACGUUACCGAACUGGGCAUCGAUCCUGAUUACAUUGCAGCUCUGCCCGAAGAGUUCCGUGAGGAGGUGAUUGCCCAAGCAAUCACUGCUCGAAGAUCUGAAGCUCGAGAGGAGACAAAUGGCAAUAACACCGAAGCCUUCCAGGAGUUUCUGGACGCCCUCCCUGAAGACUUGCGCAUGGAGAUUGCUCAGCAGGAGCGUCAAGAUCAGCGUCGCCGUACUCGCGAAGAAAACAAUCGUCAAGCAUCCGCUGCCACUGGCCAAGCGGCUGUUCCAGAAAUGGACACUGCAAGUAUCCUUCUGACAUUCCCCCCCGAGCUUCGACAACAAGUUCUAUUGGACCAAGGUGAGGAGCUUAUGGAUCAACUCACACCAGAGAUGGCAGCUCAAGCCCGCCAGCUAGCCCAACAGAAUGUUCAUUCCGUCAUUACUGGCCGCAGCCCUCCUGUCGUCAAUCCUGCUCGUCAGCCUGGACCACCAAUGCCCUCUGACGGGGCAAAGGCACAGCGCCGCACAGUUGUUCAAAUGCUCGACAAAGCCGGUGUCGCUACGCUGCUACGUCUGAUGUUCAUCACCCAGACAAAGACAAUUCGAGAACAUCUCUUCAACGUCUUCGCCGAUGUUUGUGAAAACAAGCAGACCCGACUUGAAGUGAUCAGCACUCUCCUGCAGAUUCUUCAGGAUGGCAGCACAGAUAUGGGCGCAGUGGAGCGAAGCUUCGGUCACCUUUCCCUGAAGGCACGAAGACCUAAGGAGAAGAGUCAGGAGUCCGAACAGAAAACUCCUCAGACUCUCAAGAGAAGUCUGACUGGUUUAGCCACCGGGAACACCACACAGACAAACUCUGAAACCUCACCCCUUCUGAUUGUACAGCAGUGCCUUGAUUUGUUGGUAGAGCUAUCUGCUAAGAAUCCCCAUGUUCAAUGGCUCUUCCUGACAGAGCAUGAAGCUGUUGGCUCAAAUCUCAAGCGGUCUCUGAGCCGCAAAGGCAAGGGCAAGGAUUCCAAGUCACACAAAUAUGCCAUCAACUCGUUGCUGUCACUUCUCGACCGCGAUUUAGUCAUGGAAAGUUCUGUAGUCAUGACUCAUUUGGCUGAUUUGCUCAAUCGAGUGACGCUGCCUCUUCAAAAUCUGGAGCGACGUCGCAAGGAAGCCGAGGAUGAACUGAAAGCCCUUGAUGCCAAGCCAGAAGAAGAGCCCGCUACAACGGAAGAUCCUGCGGGGCAGGCUUCGGCCACAGAACAAACCAAGGCAAGUAACACUGGCAAAUCUUCGACGGCUGUUCAAGAGGAGGGUAAAGAAAACGUCGCCGCUGAUGAUAGCGCCAAGAAACAAGCGAAGAAGGAUGCGAUUCAAAAGAAACUUCGACAACUCCAGCCACCUGUGGUUCCUGCCCAGAACUUGACUUUGGCCGUAAGGAUUUUUGUAGCUCGAGAGUGCAGCUCCAAAACGUUCCAGAACACUAUCUCGACGAUCAAAAAUCUUUCAGCCAUUCCAGAGGCCAAGGCCACGUUCGGUCAGGAGCUCGUCCACCAGGCUAGGCUCCUGAGCGAGAACAUUGUAACGGAUUUGGAUGAUCUUCUGCCCCAUAUCGAAAAGGCAUCUUCAGGCACUGAAAUUCAGGGCGUUGCUCUUGCCAAGUUCUCACCGGGAGCAUCUGAACAAAACAAGCUCCUUCGUGUCUUAACAGCUCUGGAUCACCUGUUUGACACCAAGAAGAAGAGCGACGAAGCUGAAUCGAACAAGGACAAGGACGAAAGACACGAUCUAGUCACCUCCCUUUACCACAACUCGACUUUCUCUGCCAUGUGGGAGAAGUUGAGCGCCUGCCUCAGUGCUAUUCGCCAACGCGAAAACAUGCUCAGCGUGGCGACAAUUCUAUUGCCGUUGAUUGAGUCUCUGAUGGUCGUCUGCAAGAACACCACUACCAACGAUGACCCCUCGCAACAGAAAGAAAUGGUCUUAUCAAGCCCACCGCCAGAGUCUCGUACGGCUAGUCUCUUCUUCAGCUUUACUGAGGACCACCGCCGCAUCCUCAAUGAACUUGUUAGAAGCAAUCCCAAGCUUAUGUCCGGCACAUUUGCUCUUCUUGUCAAGAACCCCAAGGUUCUGGAGUUUGAUAACAAGCGCAACUACUUCAACCGUAGCGUUCACUCACGAUCUGGUAACCAGAGUCGACCAAGCUACCCUGCCUUGCAACUUUCCGUCCGCCGAGAACAAGUUUUCCUUGACUCUUUCAAGCACUUGUACUUCAAAUCUGGCGACGAGAUGAAGUUUGGUAAGCUCAACAUCCGAUUCCAUGGGGAGGAGGGUGUCGAUGCUGGAGGUGUCACUCGUGAGUGGUUCCAGGUGUUAUCCCGGCAGAUGUUCGACGCCAACUACGCGCUUUUCACACCUGUGUCCUCAGACCGCACUACUUUCCACCCAAACAAAUUAAGUGGCAUCAAUGAUGAGCAUCUGUUGUUCUUCAAAUUCAUUGGACGCAUCAUCGGUAAGGCAUUGUACGAAGGUCGUGUUCUUGACUGUUACUUCAGCCGUGCUGUGUACAAGCGAAUUCUUGGCAAAUCUGUUUCAGUCAAGGAUAUGGAGUCGUUCGAUCCGGACUAUUACAAGUCUCUGUGCUGGAUGCUGGACAAUGAUAUCACAGAUAUCAUCACCGAGACCUUCUCAGUUGAGGAUGAUGAGUUUGGUGUUACCACUGUUGUAGAUCUCAUUCCCAACGGUCGAGAGAUCGCAGUUACUGAAGAAAACAAGCACGAUUAUGUUCGCUUGGUGGUUGAGCACAAGCUGCUGUCUUCGGUCAAGGAGCAAAUGUCCCAUUUCCUUCAAGGCUUCCACGACAUUAUCCCGGCAGAGCUGAUCUCUAUCUUCAACGAGCAAGAGCUGGAACUUUUGAUUUCCGGUCUGCCAGAUAUCGAUAUUGACGACUGGAAGAGCAACACAGAAUACCACAACUAUACUCCAUCGUCACAGCAGAUUCAGUGGUUCUGGCGAGCUCUGAGGUCUUUUGACAAGGAGGAACGCGCGAAAAUGCUUCAGUUCGUUACAGGAACCAGCAAGGUUCCCCUCAAUGGCUUCAAGGACCUUGAAGGUAUGAACGGCGUCAAUCGAUUCAAUAUCCAUCGUGAUUAUGGCAACAAAGACCGACUGCCAUCUUCGCACACCUGUUUCAAUCAACUUGACCUUCCAGAGUACGAGAGCUACGAUCAUCUGCGCUCCCAGAUCAUGAAGGCCAUCACAGCAGGAAGCGAAUAUUUCGGAUUCGCGUAA